AUGAAGUAUCGCAAUCUUUUCGUUGCUACAAGUUUGGCACUUGUUACCAAUGCUGCUGCCUUUCCAACUCCAAGUACACCAGAUUCACCAACAUCUGACUCGCCAAUAUCCGAUUCUGCUUCCAUCUUUGUGCCAAUUCGAACCAAGACAGACACAAUUUCUGCUUCUUCUUCACUGCACAAGAGAACUGAUUUAACUGAUUACUAUUCACGAGAUCAUCCCAAGCAUCCUUGUCAUGGUAUAACUGACGAGUUCAAGUGUGACUUGACUCUCAGUUUGUGGUUUUUUGAAGCUCAGAAACAAGGAUCUUUGCCUGCUGACAAUCGUGUAUGGUGGGCUCAGAACAACACCUUCUUGCAAGAUGGUGCUGAUGUAGGGGUUGAUUUAACUGGUGGAUUUGCUGAUGCCGGCGAUUACAUCAAAUACGGUCUUCCUGGAGCUUACGCAACCAUGAUGGUGGCCUGGGGAGCAGUUGAUUAUGCUUUAGGCUAUCUCAACGCUGGGCAAGCCAAGUAUCUCUUCGACACGAUCAAAUGGGGAACCGAUCACAUCAUCAAGAGCCAUCCUAAACCAGAUGUCUUUUAUCACCAAGUUGGAAUUGGUGAUGUUGAUGACGACUAUUGGGGAAGGCCUCUCGAAGAUCCAUUCCAGGCUCGUACUUCUCUCCGAGUUGAUGCUACUCAUGCCGGCUCGGAUGUGGCAGCGCAAGCGUCGGCUGCUCUUUAUUCCGCCGCAAUCGUGUUUCAGUCCGUAAAUCCCACCUAUGCCAAAACCUUGCUUUCGCAUGCUCGAAGCCUCUUGACCUUUGCUGAUCAGUAUCAUGGUACAUACGAUCAGUGGAAUGCUGAUCCUAGAGCACACUAUGGUUCAAGCGAUUACAACGACGAGCUCGCUCUUGCUUAUGCCUGGUCGUAUAGAGCUACCGGUAACAAGACCGACUUGGCGUGCGCUGAAACUAUAUGGGUUGACAAUGAUCUUGGCGACAAUGAUGCUGCCCCAGGUUGGGAUAACAAGGUCCCGUAUGUCACUUCGAUGCUUGCUGUCCUCACCGGAAAGGACGUUUACCACACUUCAGCCGAGAGAUAUUUCAAUCGAAUCGUCACCGCUCCAACGCGAACUGUUUCAAAUCCCACAGCGUCAAAGUAUGGCAUGUCGAAAACUCCCGGUGGUCUUUUGUGGUUCAGAUAUGACUCGCCUCCUUCACUCGUCAAUGCCAUGGCUGCAUCUUUCGCAAUGGCUUACUACAUCGACCACGGUUUCCCAAACACAACCUAUGCCGCGUUCAGUGAUGGACAACUAAAGUAUGCCCUCGGAUGCAACCCAAACAACAUCAACUACAUGGCUGCAUCAAAUCCAACUUCACCAAGAAACAUUCACCAUCCAUACUCGGAAUCCUCGACCGUCGACGAUCCAGCUCCAAACAAGUACCCUCUGUAUGGUGCCUUAGUUGGUGGACCGAACGUACAUGAUGUGUACUUUGACAAGCGGUCGAAUUGGGCACAAAGCGAGCCGGCCUUGGAUUACAAUGGUCCUCUUACUGGCUUGUUGGCUAGAAAAGUAGCUCAAGAGUUCUAA